AUGAUGAACGCCCAAUUGGGAUGGAGCGGGAGCGCGUGGGCGAGCCUGGGGAAGAAGACCGGGGCUGAGAGGUGGGCGCUGAGCAAGGCGAGGAUGAAACCCCUUCGGAACGGCGGCCUCACGGGAGCCGGGACGGGCCCCACGGGAGCCGGGACGGGCCCCACGGGAGCCGGGACGGGCCCCACGGGAGCCGGGACGGGCCCCACGGGAGCCGGGACGGGCCCCACGGGAGCCGGGACGGGCCCCACAGCACGGAGCGACGAAGGAACCAGGCUCCAAGGACAGCACGGCUAG